UGUGCAGUUUGAUUUCAAGGCUUUCAGAGGUAUAUUUUUGUUUUAUUCAGUUUUUAGACGUCACUAAGAAGGAAAGAUGGCAGCAAGACAGCCUGAUGUCACAGUUCAAUCUGUGUUGGGUAAGAUCAGUCGAGACCAUCUGGAAUGUCCCAUUUGCUCCGACCGUUUCACUGAGCCUAAGGUUCUUGACUGUCUGCACAGUUUCUGUCAGAAGUGUCUCAAAGAGGUCAGAUGUCAACUUCCACACGAUCCAAAGCUUGUGUGUCCCCUCUGCAGACGUGAAACCAUUCUAAAAGGAGACGUUUCCAAUUUGCCAAGUGACUUUAAACUGAGUGCCUUGGUGGAUGAGGUCAAUGUCUAUGAAAAGCUACUUGAAGGUCAAAGGUCACAAAUCAAAUGUCAAGCCUGUGAUGAAGAGAAUCAGGCUGUGUCAAGAUGCAUGGACUGUGAUCAUUUUCUCUGUAACAAAUGCCAAGCAGCACACAAGCGUAUGACUUUAAUGAAAUCACAUCAAACCUACACAUUGGCCCAGCUUCAAUCAGGAGAGGUAACUUACAAGAGUAAGAUUAGAGAGUACACUCCAAAAUGUGGCAAGCAUUCCGAUCAAAAUCUCACUAUUUACUGUGACACAUGUGAGAAGUUGGUGUGCACAACUUGUGCUAUUGUAGAUCAUGAGAGACACUCUCGUGUUGAUAUACCUGAAGCUGUCGAUAAGUGCAAACGAAAUGUUGCUAGAAUAUCUGUAAAAGCUGAACAGAUCAAAGCAAAACUGAAAACAGACAUAAGUGAAGUAGAUGACAACUACAGAAAGCUGACUGCCAUGUAUGCAGAAACCACCAAGAAAAUCUCCAGUAAGGCUGACAAGGAGGUUGCUAGAAUAACAAAGGUGAUCAGAGAGGAAGAGCAGAAACUGAGGCAAGAGGCAGAUAUAUUCUUCAAAGACAGAGCCAAGACACUGGAAACUGCUCGUGGCACAAACAGCAGUCGUCUGACUCAGACUAAGAAGAAACUGGAAGAGGUUAACCACUUCAUGGUUCAAGCAAGUUUCUAUGAAAUUCUGGAUUUCAAGCCUAAACUCAUAUAUAACCUGGAAGAACUGACCAAAGAACAAUCCAAGGAAGAGCCGGACAGUUUGUGCUCCAUUAUGGAUUUUGAGGAAGGUACUGGAACGUCACUUGGGAGGCUGGUGCUGGAGGAUACACAAAUACCCAGCUCAGAUACCACAGAUGAGACUUCACAGACACCUGUAAGAUGGGAGCUGAAAAGACAGAUGAAGACAUUUGGACCAACAAAGAAAACAUUUGGCAAUGUUGAUGGAAUUGCAGCAUUCUCUAACAAUGAAAUUGUCGCAAUAGACAUUGGGCAUGAAAAGUUGAUCACUUUCUUAACCAGUGACAAACAGUCUGAUAUAAUUUCACAAGAACUCCAACUUGCGGGCCUUACUAACCCAACUCAUGUUUCAGUUAACAGGGAUGAUGAAAUCAUUGUUCUUGACAAACCUUCUGUCAAGAUCUUCAAGAAGGGUUACCAACCCUGCCUCCAUCAGUUCCGACCAGGUGAGGAGACAGGCAGCACCCCAACCUGCCUUGCAGUGGAUGACGGGGAUAUCAUAGCAGUGGGUUAUGAGGAAGAAGAAGAGAUCUCACUGCACAAGAGAGAUGGAUCCCUCAUCAGGAGAAUACCUGCUCCAAAGAUUGAAUCAGAGUUGAUAAUCUAUAAGCAGCAGCUUUUCUACACUUGCAAUGGAGAUAAUAACGAAAGACUUCUAUCGUCAGUUGACAGCUAUGGUCACAUGGACUUUUCAGUUGAUAUUCCCAGCAAUAUUCAAGGGAAGUGGUAUGCUAAUGGUUUGUGUUGCGACAAAAAUGGCAACAUCUACGUUGCUGUACGUGGCUGGCAUUUUGUACAUGAUAAACAAGGUGAGAUUCAUCAUUUCAGUCGUGAUGGACAGUACAUUGGCCGUGUCAUCAGUGAAUGUGGUUGUCCAGGUGACAUCACAUGUACACCAGCCGGUGACAAACUGGUUUUGGCAACACUAGAAAGUGUUCAAGUCUAUCAUCGAGUGUAAACAUUGACAAUAAAUGUCAAAAUAAUGACACAACAAAAAGAAUUGAAGAAUUGUUCCGCACCUACAGGGACCAAUUUCUCAGCGCUGCUUAACAGUUAGCGGAAAAGUUGUG